AUGGUCCUGGCAGACGUCAACACGCUGGUCGACCUCGACAAGGGCCUGAUCAGCCCCCGAAUAUUCAGCGAGGAAUCCAUAUAUCAGGAAGAGCUCGAGCAGAUCUUCGCCCGUUGCUGGCUCUUCCUCUGCCACGAGACCCAGAUCCCCAACCCGGGCGACUUCCUGACCACCUACAUGGGCGAGGACCCGGUCCUGGUCACCCGCGACCGCCAGGGCAAAGUCAACGCCUUCCUGAACAUCUGCCGCCACCGCGGCAACCGCCUGUGCCGCGCCGACGACGGCAACGCCGGCACCUUCAUUUGCGCCUACCACGGCUGGGCCUACAACGCCGACGGCAAGCUAGCGGCCGUCCCCAAUCUGCAGGACGCUUACUAUAACGAGGACGCGUACUACAACGAGCUCGACCAGUCCAAGUGGGGCCUCACUCCCGUGGCCCAGCUCGACACCUACAAGGGACUGGUCUUCGCCACUUUCGACUCCAACGCGCCGCCCCUGCUGGACUACCUCGGCGACGCCGCCUGGUAUCUGGACGUGUUCUUCGACCGCCGAGAGGGCGGGGUCGAGGUAAUCGGCGGUAUCCACAAGUGGACCAUCCCCGCCAACUGGAAGAUGCCCGCCGAGAACUUCUGCGGCGACGGCUACCACACCGGCUGGAGCCACCUGUCUGCCGUGACCACCGGCUUCGGCGGCGAUUUCCGCUCCCGGCCCUCCCGCGAGGGCGCAGUGGUCUCGCCUGGCAACGGCCACUGCAUUGUCGGAAUAGGGCCCGACGACCCCUCCGACCCGGCGGUGCCGGAGAUCCUGGCCUACGAGGACUCGAUUCGCGACGAGGUCAACCAGCGUCUGGGCGAACGCCUGCGCCUGAUCCGCCCCCACGCCGGCACCAUCUUCCCCAACCUGUCCCUGCUACGCAGCAUCGCCCGGACCUUUCGGCUCUGGCAACCAAAGGGGCCAGGCAAGACCGAAAUCAACUCCGCCGUCUACGUCGACAAGGCCGCGCCACCGGAGGUCAAGGAGGCCUUCCGCAUCACUGCCAUCCGCACCUUCGGACCGUCCGGCGCCUUCGAGCAGGACGACAUGGACAACUGGGAAGGCUGCAGCAAGUCCGGCCUCGGCGUGGUCUCCCGCCGCCAUCAGCUCAACAUCGGCAUGGGACUCGGCCACGCCCGCUACGACGAGGACCUCCUAGGCGUGGCCAGCGACUACCGCCUCAGCGAAAACAACCACCGCGCCUUCUACGGCCGCUGGAGCCAGCUGAUGGACUCCCAGGGCUGGCCCUCCUGA